AUUAUCACUUAUUUAUUUAGUAUGACUAAUCAGUAUUUAUUCGUUCGUAUCGCGAGCACGUAUUUACUUUGACUGAUAAAUAAGAAAUUACUUGUCAUCAUGAAAUUAUUUAUAAUAGUAAUUGUAUUGUUACCCUUAUGUCAUUCCAAAAUGGAGGACGCAUAUUUCGCGCCAUCGGUAUUUUUAAAUCAUGGCGGCGGACCGUAUCCUGUUUUACGUGAAAAAUAUAAUGUGGAAAUUGGUGAUUCUUUGAAGAAUGUGUCUAAUUUUGUUGAUUUGCGCCGUUUGAAGGCAAUUAUUAUUGUUACGGCUCAUAGGGAAGAGGAAGUUGUGACUAUAUCGUCCGGGGGAAGACAUUCGUUGCUCUACGACUAUUAUAACUUUCCUCCUGAGAGUUACGAGUUCAAAUAUGAUGCUCCAGGGGAUCCAGAAUUGGCGGGAAAAAUACACGAAGCGUUCAGAAACGCGGGAAUCGAAUCAGCUCUAGACGACAAAAGAGGUUGGGACCACGGAGUUUUCAUACCAAUGAUGUUAAUAAACCCCAAAGCGGAUAUCCCAAUAAUACAAAUAUCUAUACUGAAAAACCAAAACGCAGCCCAGCAUUACGAAAUAGGAAAAGUUUUGUAUCAAUUUCGAAAAGACGCUGUCGCCAUAUUCGGUUCAGGGUUGUCGUACCACAACAUGAAAGAGUUCAAAAAAGCUGACCCGGAAAAUGAAAAAGAAAUAGUUAAUUUGGAUUUUGAUAAUUUUUUGAAUGACGUCUGCACUGGAGAUGAAGAAAAUCGCAAGAAAAUUAUCUUCUGGGAUCGGGAGAAAGGAGCUCUUGAUUGCCACCCGUUGGGCGAAGCGGAUCAUCUCAUGCCAUUAAUUGUAAACGCCGGUGCCGCUGGAACGCGCCCUGGGAAGAAGAUUUUUGAAUCCGUGUUUUUGGGUAAAUUCAAAUUGAGUGGUUUUAUGUGGGAUGAAAAGUGAAAAUAUUAUUUACAUAAAAAUUAUAAAUAUUUACUCCUUUAAUUACAUAAAAAAAUAUUUAGUUUUACUUCUAAUCCUAUAUAAUACAAUGUACACUAAUAUAAUUAAGAGCAAAAUUAUUAAACGCGAUAUUUAUUUA